AGAUCGGAAGGAGCCGCCCCGCCUGCGCUGGGCCGGGCCGCCUCUUUUUACACCCCUGCUCAAACCCUACCUGACCGUUGAUCUACACGGCCAGGCAAAUCCAUCCACUCGGAAGGCGGGCUUCGGUCAGGCCGAGCGAAGUAGAACUUCGGAAUGGAAGACGAAACAUCUCCGACCAUCGGAUCCGAUUGGGCGGGCAGUUCAAAGCGGGGAAAAUCAAUCGAGGAAUGUGAGGUCAUGAUUCGCAGAAGUCUCCGAAACCCACAGGUGAAGGUUCUGAUAGAGCAAAUGGAGAAAUCUGGAUGCAGAGUUGGGGACAAUUUCAUCAGAGCAGUUGUUUGUACGACACCUCACGGCGGGGCCUUCCAGAAAGGACGAGGGAUUACAAUCUGUAGUAACCAUAUCGCGAUACAAGAUGAGGUGAACCAAGUGAUCAAACACGAGCUAAUCCAUGCAUAUGAUGAGUGCCGUGCCAAGAACUUGGAGUGGUUGAAUUGUGCUCAUCAUGCUUGCAGUGAGAUACGUGCAAAUCAUCUAAGUGGUGAUUGUCAUCUCAAGCGGGAACUCUUGCGGGGAUUUCUACGCAUAAAAGGGCAUGAACAAGAAUGUAUAAGAAGAAGGGUGAUGAAGUCGAUGCGUGCCAAUCCGGAAUGCACAGAAGCGGCAUCCAAAGAUGCAAUGGAAGCAAUAUGGGACAUUUGUUACAACGACACUAAGCCUUUUGACAGGGCUCCCUAGAGGUAUCAUGGUGAAUGUGCUCUCUCUGCCCAUUCCCUCAAAUUUUGAAAUUUACCUUAUCAUGCUCCUCUUCUGAGACCGAGAGGAUGAGAAAGAAAGCAUUCAUUUUCCUUCAUUUGGUGCCAACCUAUUAUGGUCUUUGGAUUCUUGUCCCGGACGGUUGCCAAGAAUGAAGAAUCUUUGUCUUGGUUUGUGUCCUGAGUCAAUGGAUCUUGAGAGACAAUUAGGCUUGCUCCUCUGUAACAUGCGAGUCACUUUUCUCAUUAGUUUGCGCCUGUUCAAUAAGAAUCUCACCCAUUAUUUCUGAAACAUGUAAGAAACAUUUGACUUGUUUGCCCAAAGGGUUUCAGCAUUCAUUCAUAUCGCCA